AUAAUCCUCUUAUCUCUUCCCCUAAGUCCAUUUUCAAAAUUUGAAAAAACACUUUCUUUAAAAAAAUCAGCUUUAUACAAAACCCCACAGACACAACACCAAAUCUACUCAAAACCAGACCAAAUAUCUCAUCUGUCUUAUGUAUCCAUUAAUAUAAAUAUACAGUUCAAACCCCAUCUUCUUUAUUACAUCUCUGUUUACAGAUGAGUUCAAAAAAAUCCUCUGUUUUAAACCAAUCUCCUUACAAUUCUCUCUAUCAGAACCCACUGAAUGAGCUCAAGAUGAACCAGAACAGAGAAAACGGUGACAACAAGAGAGGAGAGUAUGUAAGUCUAAAGAAAUUAACAUUUACUGAUAAUAAGGAGAAUGCAGUUCCUGAUAAUGUCAAAAUGGUUGAGAAGAAACCAGUAAUGGCAAGAAACAAAGAGAAUGUGGUUCCUCUUGGUGUGAGUGUGAGCAGUAACAUUAUAAAUGAUGGGUCUAAGGAAAAUCAGAUUUUAACCCAGAAAUUAAACAUUUCUUCGGAUGAUUUCAAGAAGAAGAAGCUGAAACCUACUUCGUUGCAGCUGUGUAUGCAGUAUAAUGAGCCUGAUUCAUCUUUUGGUUUGAAAAUUUGGGACCCUUUAGAGCUUGAUAAUGAAAACCCUGAGAAGAAUAAUGGUAACAACAGUAAAGCUAAUAUGUGGGAUUUCUCUGAUUCUGAAGCUGCUCCUGCUUCUUCAUGGUCUACUCUUCCUAACAGGUCUUUGUUAUGUAGACCUUUGCCUCAAGAUAUUGGGAGAUGUACUUGUGUUAUAGUUAAGGAAACAGCACCAUUAGAGGGGUUUAGUGGAGGUUCUUUCUAUUCACUUUACACAAAUGAAGGUCAAGGGAGACAAGAUAGGAAACUAGCUGUUGCGCACCAUAGAAGUCGAAACGGAAAGACGGAGUUUGUUAUAGCUCAGAAUGCUAAAGGGUUAUUGUCUAGAUCAGAUGAUAGCUAUUUGGGAAAUGUUAAUGCAAAUUUCAUGGGUUCUAAAUAUCAUAUUUGGGAUAAGGGAAACCCAUUGGAUUCACUAAAGCAACAAUCCAAGUUACUUCUGGCCGUUGUGGCGUUUGUGCCUACGAUUACAACAUGUACAGGAAGCUAUAGAAGCUUGAGAGCAUGGAUACCUAAGCAUCAAUCGGCACAGUUGAAAAAUACAACUCAGAUUGAACAUGUUAAAGGACUUCCAAAGGACUGGGAGGGUAAAAUGAGUAAAUCACAUCAGCUUUUCUCAAGGAUUCCACACUACAACAAAUUUUCAAAGCAAUAUGAGCUGGAUUUCAGAGAACGUGGUAGAGGUGGACUUAGAAUUCAGCGGUCGUCGAAGAAUUUCCAGUUAACAUUGGAGGAGAAUGGAAGGCACUCGAUUCUGCAGCUGGGAAGAGUGGGAAAAACAAAUUUCGUGAUGGAUUACAGAUAUCCACUGACGGCUUACCAAGCUUUCUGUAUAAGUUUGGCAUCCAUUGAUUCAAAGCUUUGUUGUACCAUUUAACUAAACCAUGAAAACCUGCAAACUUAAUCUCGGAGGUAUAUGAAGGAUUUCGUCUUGGCUUCCCAGCUUGGUUUAUUUGUUAAAUAAAAAGGAGUAGUUGUUGUCACCAUUUUGAUGGCAUGUUUUGCGAGUAUCUUCCUUUCUGUGUGAUACACAUCCACAAACAUAACAAAGAUGUAAUUUAUUUUGUCUGCCAUAUUCGGAUUGAUGUGCAUUAUGUAUUGGGAUGAUAUGAAUUAUAGUGUAUUUUGCACCAGA